AUGCUGAGCAGUAGCCAAGAUUCCCAGCAAAAAUCAUUCAGAAUUAAGCACGAUGAUGAAAAAAUUUUCUCCAGGCUUCUCUCUAAAGAAACCUCAAAGUCUAACCCGUCUUUCAGAGUUUACUAUGGUGAUGUUUCUAGUGCAGUGCCCUUCGUGUGGGAAACAACCCCUGGAACCCCUAAACACACAUUUUCUGACAAUUCAAUUCCACCACUUACUCCCCCUCCCUCUUACUAUUCCAAUAAAAACGUCAACAAGUCCUCGAGUAAGCACUCAAGAUCCAAGAUUCUGUACAAUUUACUCAAAAGGAUGAGUUUUAAGAAAGUUGUUCAUGUGGGCUCAUCUCCUCCUUCAUCUUCAGUGUCCCAUUCCUUGUCAACUUUAUCAUUUUCGACGUCAUCUUCGCUGUCUUCAUUUUCUGAUCCAACGACGCCUUCCUGCGGCCACCGGAGAAGGCGGUUUUCAAGCUGGGGAUCGUCUUUUGAUCAUGAUUAUGAUCAUCACCAUGAGGAAGUUAGAGGAUCUUCAAGGUCGUGUUUUGGGUUCAGAAGAGAUACUGGUGGGAGGACGACGAAGACAGCCUUUCUGUCCCUUUUAGGCCGUGGAUCUGGUUAA